UUUUAUUAAAUUUCUUUUUGUAAUAUCAAAGUAGUCUACUAGUUGUAUGCAUUUGGGGUUGGGGCCUCUCUCUCUCUCUCUCUCUCUUUCUCUCUGUGCUGUGUUCGCUCCUCCCUUCGUCCUUUACGCUCCUACACUUGAUCGGUAGACCGACCGGAAUCCUACUCUUGAUCUGAUGCUCCUGUAACCCUAGCAGAUGGCUUCUUUGUUCAAGGAUCUCGCCAAGCUAUCGGCGUACCGGGACAGGAGGUUUCCGGGCAACCAGGAGGAGUAUGAGGGCGCGCUGCAGACCUCGACGACGGUCUACGUCGGCAACAUGUCAUUCUACACCACUGAGGAGCAGAUGUACGAGCUCUUCUCUCGCGCUGGAGAGAUCAAGAAGAUCAUCAUGGGGCUGGAUAAAAACAGCAAAACCCCCUGUGGCUUCUGCUUCGUCUUGUACUACUCUAGGGAGGAUACUGAGGAUGCUGUCAAAUAUAUCAGUGGCACAAUGCUUGAUGACCGCCCAAUACGUGUAGAUUUUGAUUGGGGAUUUGAAGAAGGGAGGCAGUGGGGUCGUGGUCGAAGUGGUGGACAGGUGAGAGAUGAAUAUCGUACUGAUUACGAUCCUGGUAGAGGUGGCUAUGGGAAGCUGGUUCAGAGAGAGCUGGAAUCACAGAGAGAAUUAGUGGAUUAUGGUGCAGGGGCACUGAGUGCUUUUCAACCACCUAUGCCAUAUGGUAGGCAUGGUGGAGACUAUGGUCAUGGUGGUUCACAUCGGCAUGGUAGAGAUUAUCGGAAACGGAAUAGGGAAGAUGAGCAUUCUGCAUCUGAAAUGUCAAGAAGAACAUCAGGUUAUGAGUCAAGGAGAAGCUCUGAUCAUGAUUCAAGACCGGAGAAGAACCCUCGAUUUCGAGAGAGUGGUGACUCUGAUGACGAAGAUGAUGAUGAUCAGAAAAGACGGCGUUGACAGGUAAAGAAGAAUUUCUGAAGAUAUUUACUUGGACUGUUGAUUAUCGAGAUUAUAUUUAUUUCCUGGAAAAAUGUUAAAACUCUUUGCUUUAGUAAAACACUGGCCACUUAUGUUCUCA